AUGCUCUACCUCCACCCACUCCUCGUCGUCGGUAUGCUGAAGCACGAGCCGCCAGAGUGGUAUGCCGCGACAACGGCGGUCAUCACCCAAGGCCCACACUGGCUGCUUAGUGCGCCGGAUGCUAGUCCUGGCGGCGUUGUUGUUCUCGAACAUACUGCCCCCCGCGCCGGUAUCCUCCCACGCCAUCGGUGGGUCGUCGCAAAGCACGGCGAUUCACUCCUCCGCGCGUACGGUACCGACCUGUGUCUGAGCAUUGAUACUUACGGAGACUGGGCCCCUGUAUCUGGCGACGCGGUCGUCCUCGUCCAUUGCCCCACGAGUCCCGAACGUCCUACCCUAUGGGCUUGGGAACGUGCUGCGGACGGGCACGCUUUCUCUCUUUCAGCAGAUGGGGAGAGUGAGGAGGCCAAAUUCUGGCUUGCGCCGCCAGAGGGCGAAGGGAUCGUUACUGUCAAAGACACAUGGGGAGGGGACGUGCUCUGGGGUGUGGAGCGGCUUGAUUGGAUCGACCAGAAGUAA